UUACUCCGAAAAUUCCGGUAAACACUGAGUCACCGAAAAUUAGGCUCGGUGGAGAGUGAGUCACUUCUGCAGUGUUUUUCGCAAAGUUUGAACGCAGUUUUCCCAGCUCCAAGAUGUUCUCCAGUGGCCCCAAUUAUACCAAAUUGAAGACACAUCUUCGAUUAUCCCUGAAUCGAUUGAAAUUGCUGGAAAAGAAGAAGACAGAACUGACACAGAAGGCGAGAAAGGAAAUCGCAGAUUACAUCGCAGCAGGGAAGGCAGAGAGAGCUCGGAUUCGUGUUGAGCACAUCAUCCGGGAGGAUUACUUGGUGGAAGCCAUGGAAAUCGUAGAGAUGUACUGUGAUCUUCUCCUGGCUCGUUUUGGGCUGGUCACACAGAUGAAAGACCUCGAUGAGGGUAUUGCCGAAGCAGUUUCCAGUCUGAUCUGGGUGGCUCCUCGGCUUCAGGCAGAUGUCCAGGAGCUGAAAGUCAUUGCUGAGCUGCUGACAACAAAGUAUGGCAAGCCUUUUGCCGAGGGGGCAGUUGCAGGGGCUCCUGGACAUCAUGUGUCAGAAAAGCUGAUGCACAAGAUGGCCAUUCAGGCUCCACCGAAGCUUCUGGUGGAGAAGUAUUUGAUUGAGAUUGCCAAGAACUACAACAUCGAGUACGAACCUGAUCCUCAGGUGAUGCGUGAAGCCAAGGAAGAUGGUGUCCUGAUUGAUCUUAGUGAUUCAGCGAGAAACAAUCUCGAUGGAGGUGUUCCACAGCCUCCUGGCUUCAUUGAUUUCCCACAGCCACCGCCUCUGCCGCAAAUGCCUCAGCCGCCGACUAGGAAGCCCUUUGACUAUCCCAAUAUGAUGGGAGGAUUUUCCGGUGGAGCAUCUGCUCCCCCCUUCACCUACAACAUCCCUCCAAAUCCACCAGGACCGUCUGGGGAGAAGAAGGACCUCAAUAUCAACACGGAUUUCACAAACAAUGAGCGUCACUCGCUGCCUCCACCAUACUCCACAAUUUCUCCGGAUGACAAUCUCCAGAUUUAUCCAAAACUGCAGAAUUCGUCCAAACCGAAACCACAGCCACGCUCCAAGAUUCCUCCGGACAUGGGAGAUAACUCUGCUCAGCCUUUUCCCAAUCUUCCCAAUGUGCCGAAUGAUUUGCCGGAAGUGCCGCAUGAGGACAACGAUGAGAUUGACUUUGAUGACUUGUCACGACGCUUUGAGGAACUAAAGAAGAAGAAGUAGCCCCCAGUUACUGGGAUCUAUCUCAACUGGAUGCAUUCUGUAAAUCAACUCAAUUUAAAGUUGGGAAACACAGCCCGAUAAAAGUAUCUAACACAUGUUCUAUAUAAAGAAUUUUAUUGUUAAAGUGGUGUAACUGAAGAAGAGAAAUAUUGCUAAAUUUUAUCUCAAAUGA